AUGGAGUCCUUCUGCACGCUUCCCCUUGCUGCCGUCAUGAACAAGCAGUUCCUCUGCAUUCAUGGCGGCCUCUCGCCGGAGCUUCAGACCCUCGACGACCUUCGCAGCAUCGACCGCUUCCGCGAGCCGCCCACACACGGUCUUAUGUGUGAUCUCCUCUGGGCUGAUCCUCUCGAAGACUUUGGUUCGGAAAAGACCAACGAGAGCUUCAUCCACAACCAUGUGCGAGGCUGCUCCUACUUUUUCACGUACAAUGCUGCCUGUCAAUUCCUCGAGCGCAAUCAGCUUCUGUCCAUCAUCCGAGCGCACGAAGCGCAGGAUGCCGGAUACCGCAUGUACCGCAAAACGAAGACCACAGGCUUUCCUUCCGUCAUGACCAUCUUCUCAGCACCCAACUACCUCGACGUCUACAACAACAAGGCAGCCGUGCUCAAGUACGAAAACAACGUCAUGAACAUUCGACAGUUCAACUGCACACCGCAUCCCUACUGGCUUCCCAACUUCAUGGACGUAUUCACCUGGAGUUUGCCCUUUGUCGGCGAAAAGAUCACCGACAUGCUCAUCGCCAUUCUCAACGUAUGCAGCAAAGAGGAGCUCGAGGAGGAGGAAGAGGAGGACGAGAUUCCCACCACACCUACCUCCACCGCCGAGGAGGAGACCGCCGAACGCAGAACCAUCAUCAAGAACAAGAUCCUCGCCGUGGGCCGGAUGUCGCGCGUCUUUGCCCUCUUGCGAGAAGAGGCCGAACGUGUUUCAGAGCUAAAGUCGUCGCAGACCGCCAAAUUGCCGUAUGGUACGCUGGUGCUCAGCUCCGAGGCGGCAAAGGAUUCGAUCGCCAACUUCGACGAUGCUCGAAAGGUGGACAUCGAAAACGAGCGUCUGCCACCCGACCUCAUCGAUGCCGACGAGGCCGGGCCUGCUUCGCCUGCCGAUGGAGCGCGCGUCUCGUCGCCUGCCUUCGAGGAGAUGACUUCUCCCGGCAGCCCGGCCUCGCCUGCGACGCCCAGCUCGCCCAUCGCAGGCGGUCACCGCCGCGGACACUCGAGGACAAGCAGUCUGGGCACCACCAUGUCGAGUCCUUCCAACCGUCGCCGCUCGCUCGAGUCAACAGUCAGCAUGAUCCGCGAGGCGCUCGAGGGCACGGAUGCAGCAGACGACAAGCAUCUCGAGAAGCUUGCAAACGACAUCACCUCGCCCGUCUCACCAAAGGGUAGCAUCGACUCUACAGCGCAAGCUCGACCAUACGCCAACAAAUGA